AUGAUUUUGAAUGAACACUCAGUCGUGAACUAUGACAUGCAAGGUCCAUGGAUUAAACCCAUUUCGGUUUUUCUAAUAUUUUGUUUGAUUGUUUUUUCUUCAUUUAGGAGGUAUCUKCAGAAUGCCUGCAACUACUGGUCUAAACAAGGAAAACUGAACGCCACUCUCAUUAAGAGCCUAUCAUCACAUAUCAACARCAGUAACAACAAGGCAGCUUGGUUGCUGUUGUCAUUGAUGGCCACUGCAUCAGUCAAGAUAGAUCACACCAUUGUACUUGAUAAAUGGAAACAGUAUACAUCACAAAAAGAUUGUGAUGCCGAAACUCUGUGCUGGGUGUUGUCUGUCAUAGGAAGCGUUAGCGACAAGCUUCCUGAAAACAUGGUCGUGUCUUUAACUGAGGAGCUGCAAAGAAAGUUGAGUGGAUUCAAUGACACACCAGACGUCAUUGCUGCUAUUAUUGGGACUCUUUGUAAGCUUUGCAGAUCACAACCCCAAGCAAAGACGGUGAUUGACAGCUGGUGUGCUGAUCUUCUCAAGUCUUGUGAGCAGACUUUAUCUGGUGUGAUUYUAGAMGAAAACCAAGUUUCAAAAGUCACUGAUGAAGUUAUCGUGAAGAAUUUGUUUACUGUUGGUGAAGUUGCACAGCUCGCUCCAGGACGAACUACAGAACGUCUGUUCCUGCUUGUCGAGUCAAUGUUGAUCUCAGAAGCCAGUCUCAGUACGCCUGGUACUCCUCAGAGCAUCCAGAAGAGUCAACUAUCAAAUACUGUUAARGCUCAUGCCUUCGUUACUYUAGGAAAGCUGUGUCUACAGAACGAACACUUGGCCAAGAAAUGCACGGCAGCUUUAGCCCGCGAGCUUGAAGUGUCUGACGAUGCAGCCAUCAGGAACAAUGUGAUCGUUGUGAUGUGUGAUCUUUGUGUACGGUACACAAGUCUUGUUGACCGAUUCAUUCCAAACAUUGCCACGUGUCUGAGAGACAGUGCCCCCCUGGUUCGAAGACAGACACUGACUCUUCUUACCCACUUACUGCAGGAGGAUUAUGUGAAGUGGAGAGGAUCUCUGUUCUACCAUUUUAUUACUGCACUUGUAGACGAAGACAAAAACAUCAGACAAUUUGCUGAUUUUUGUCUAGUUCAUCUCCUCUUAACAAGACAUCCAGGAAUGUUCUACCAGCAUUUUGUCGAGUGUAUCUUCCACUUUAAUUCCUACGACAAGCACAAAGUGUUCAACAAAUUUCCUCAAACUGAUCGUGAGAAAAAGGUAUUCUCACUUAAAGGCGAUGAAAACGCAAGUAAACGUUCUAUCAUCUAUCAGUUCCUGCUAUCCCACAUGGGAGACGAGGACAGGUUUAAUCUGACGGGAAAGCUGUGUCAAGAGGUUCUUGGAGGCAUUGCUGAUGGAAUAGUUCCCGUCGACCAUUUCGACCAUAUGUUUUACGUGCAGGGAAUCAAGCUAUCAUCGAUGAGAACCAAAGCCGCUGAGGAGAUGGCAGACGAAGGUGAUACCGCAGGCGCGGCCAUAGUACAAGCCAGAACAAAAUUCCUUACACAAGUGUUGAAAAAGAACAUGAUUGAAAACAUCGUACCGAUCAUCGUUGAGCUGAAGCACAUGUUCGAAAAGGAACGCUCACCCCUUCUCAAAGACCUGCUGGGAUACCUCAAAGAAGUCAUGAAAGACUACCGCAAUGAAGUCAAAGAGGUUCUGUCCGCUGACAAUCAGCUGGCCAAUGAGAUUGAGUUUGAUUUGCGUAAAUUUGAAGAAGAACAGAAAGAACUUCAAGAGCAAAAGAAGCGAAGUCAACAAGAAACAGCAAUGACUCCAGGAACUACACCCGGUUAUCAGAGUCCGAGAGGGAAUCAGUCCAAGUUCAUUACUCCGCCUUUGAGUUCAGGAAAUGGGAUUUGUAAGUAA